AUGGCCGGAGACUGUACUUGCCAGAGUUCUUGCGGCGCAUGCGGCCCCUCAGGCACAGGCUGCGCGUGCCCCAAGGGGAAAUGCGACUGCUCUAGCUGCGUCAACAAGGCACACUCUUCGACGUGCGCCUGUGGCGGCAGUGGUGCUGACUGCACCUGCGAGAAGGACGGCAAGGCUUGUGCCUGUUGA